AUGGAUUCCAAUUCCAACACUGUGGUUGUAACUGGUUUCGGUCCCUUCAGACAAUACCUGGUUAAUUCUAGCUGGGAAGCAGUGAAGGAGCUGUCCAAGAGAGGCCUUGGUGAAAACAUAGAUCUCCGUAUCAUGCAGCUGCCGGUGGUUUACCAAAAAGCAAAGGAGCAAGUCUUCAACAUAUGGACAACUCUUCAGCCGCUGCUUACUGUUCACGUUGGGCUGGCUUCAUCCGCCAAAGCACUCAUCAUCCUUGAGCAGUGUGGGAAGAACAAAGGCUACCAAGAGAUGGAUGCUUGUGGUUUUCACCCAGAAGGUGGCUGUUGCAUGCUAGAUGGUCCAGAAAAGAUUGAAUCUACAAUUAAUAUGAAGACCGUCUGGAAAAACAUUUCAGUGGAAGGGGUUGAUAUCAUCUUUUCCAGGGACGCGGGAAGGUAUAUCUGUGAUUUCACCUACUACGCUUCUCUGUAUUACGGCAGUGGAAGAGCAGCUUUCAUCCACGUGCCUCCAUUAUCCACAUCGGUAACAGCAGACUUUCUCGGAAAAGCAUUACAGACAAUUAUCUUCGAAAUGUUAAAACAGUGCGGGGAAGAAAGAGAGGAGGAUGGAUCACAGAAGAAAAACCCGAAGGGAAACGAAAGCCCGUUCUGCAGGCAUCACGCUGGUAAAAAGGAUAACGGCCCAACCGAAGAGGAGGAACAGCUGAUGAAGCUCUGGGCCACCAUCGUGCCUCGCUUCAGUCGAUGUUUUGAUGACAGGAGGCAGAGGCACGGGAAGCACCAAGACCAACUGCAAGUCGAGACUGAUUCCUACAGACCGAUGACAACCACCGUCAAACUCCCGGCAAUGAAUUCACCGCUGCAGCUGGAGAGCCCAGAGGUUUAUUUACAAGUACCAACGAUCCGAAUGGCGAUACCUGAGCUCUGA